UUUAUUCAAUAAGCCAUGAGCAGUGUGGGUCAACCAACGGCAGGGGCCAUCGUCAGUAAUGGAGUGCAACAACCGACGGCCAGUUCGUACUAUCAGUAUGGACUGCCAGGGACUGAGGAACCGUACGAUAGCAGCUUUCACAUCUUUCCACCGGAUUACUGCACUACCCCGGAGUAUGACUACCGGACUGACCUCCUCGACAGUAUGCGCAUGGCGCCAUCACAGCGCUCGCAACGAUUCCAUAUCAGCAACAUCCUGGAGCUUAACAACCAUCAGCAGCAACAGCAACAACAACAACAGCAGCAACCAUCCGAAACGGUGAAAGAUCAACCGAUUUUAUCGACUCUUUCGGUGCCAUCCAGCAGCCUGCAGUCGCAUCACCACCAAGCGUUUCAUCCGUUUACCAUCUCGGAGCUGGAGACGCAAUCGCAUCCUUCGAGUGCCGUCGGAUUAGAAGUAGGUCCUUCGGGUGGUCCUUACAGUGCCGCCGCCAGUACAACGGAGGAAGUAUCUGCCGCCGGUGUCGCUCAUUUACCGUACGGUGGAACCAUACCGACACAUGGUAGCCCGUGUUUACCGUUUCAAUCGGCCCUUAAUCCGUCGGCCGCCGUCAGUUCCACGAUUCCGUAUGAUCCGCCACCAUACUAUCCGUAUGCGGCUCACCAUCAUCACCUGUUUGCCGGUGGAUCGUCUUCUGGUGGAGCCGCUGCUACAGCCGGAAUAGGGGAGCCAGCAAGUCGUUCCGGGUAUCCAUAUCACACCAGCAGCGUCAACCUUGAUUAUGUGCCUUCGGUAAUACAGCAUAGUAACAUCGUUGGGGACACGAACAUCAGCCCGGAUACAACAUCGCCCGGACCGGAACUGUACUCGCUCGCCUCGUAUAGCAACAUUCCACGGGUGGUGAACGAAGCGUCCGAUCGAUUGGCCGCCUUAUCGGAGCAAAAUUCAUCCCAAGAUGGUGGUGCCGCACUGGACACGGAGUGCUCGGUGGACACGAACAACAACACCCAUCGUCGAUCCUGCGAUACCGAACCUCCUGACGAUCGGGAUGCUGCUUCGAGUCCGUCUAUCAGUGGUCGCUCAAACGAUAACCGUGCCCAGCAAGGGAUUGGAAACGAUUCCGCCGGCGGACCGACGGGUACCGGUGGCCACAAGAAGCGCAAACGACGCAUCCUGUUUUCGAAGACACAAACGUUCGAGCUGGAGCGGCGCUUCAAGCAGGCUCGCUACCUGUCCGCACCGGAGCGCGAACAUUUGGCCAGUGUGAUCAAUCUGACACCGACGCAGGUGAAAAUUUGGUUCCAAAAUCAUCGCUACAAAACGAAACGUGCCCAGACGGAGAAGAACACGACGGUUAUGGGGUACCAUGGGCAAGGAUCGCUGAUACCGGCGGCUGGUGCUAGUCCACCAAAGAAGAUCAACGUACCGGUGCUGGUGCGCGAUGGAAAACCAUGCCCGGAUGUAAUCCAGCAUCAGCAUCAGCAACAGCACCAUUACCAUCACCAGCAACAGCAGCAGCAACAGCUUCAGCAUCAACAGCAACACCCGCAUCAGCUCCAGUAUCCAUCUUCCACGCACUUCCUUGCUAACGGUGGUGGACAUGAUUCGUCGUACGGCUCUUCCCCGCGUUUGUGGUGACAUUCGGCAGCGUGGCUGAUGCGACGCCAGGUACCGUAAAGGGCAAUGUGCAAUUUGCUGUAAA